ACCUGGCACCAACAUCACGUUUUGCUUAUGGAUUAUUGAAUAAACUUUUGGAUUAUGUUGAUUCCGCCAUGUCAUCAGUUCGUGAACCAAUGCCUAGUACACGUUAUAGUACUAGUCGUUCAUGGUUAAGUUCAAGUCAAGAUAUGAAAUUCUUUGUUAAAGUUGUAUUACCACUAGUUGAACGGUAUUUUGAAACACAACAGGCGUACUUUUUAGAUCCAGUAGCAGGUGCUUCAAUUGAUGAAAAGAAAAUGGCUGCUACUUUAUUCUGUAAACUCUUCUCAUUACUUCGAAUCAAAUUAAACACAUUUGGCCAUGAUGUAAAAAUAGCUGUAUCUUGUCUUCAAGGUCUUGUGCAAACAAUUGAUGUAAAAGCUAUUUUGAAAAUGGGUACUGCAGAAGAUUUUGUUCGAAGUCGUAUUCUACCGUUUUUUGUUAAUGCCGCUGACGAUUUAUGCAUUGUAGUUCGCAAUCUUGACGCUAGUCGAUAUUCACAUGUAAAAGGUACAAUUAAACGUGGUGCAUGUUCAAUAGAUUAUAUUCACAUGGUAUUAUUACCAGUGCUGAAAUCAAUGUUUGAACAUUUGGGCAAAAAUGAAUGCGGUGAAUAUCUACUAGUGGGUAAUGUCCAAGUGACAUGUUACAGAAUACUCAAUGCUUUAUAUAAAUUAGGCACUACAUCAUCGAAACAUGCAAAUCGUCAAAGUUUUGUUGAUGAAUUAAAUAGACAUAGAGCUUUAAUCGGUGAUUGUCUUGCUGCACUUGCAUCUGCAUUUCCUGUAGCUUUUCUAGAAGCUAAUUUAAAUUCAAAUAAUCCUCUUUCAAUUUCAUUCAAUAAUCGUGGUGGUGAUUAUAGUCUUGAAGCUAGAG